CCAAUUACAUUUAAAAAGAGAUAAUAAUAAUAAUAGUUAUAUUACACAAUGUAAACGGCUACAGAUUAAUUGGAUGAAUGAAAUUUAACCAAUCACGUUUUUCUCAUGCUGCUUGUCAUAGUUUAUAUACAUCGAUUGGUUAUCUUUUUAUGCAACUGAUCUCUUAACAUUUAUUAUAUUACAUUUUGGAACAAGAUCACGCAAAUCUAUCUGAAAAAAGAAAUUUAUAAAAAUGGAUUGAUAUGUAAUUUUUACAUAAAUUGAGUAAAAAUAAAUAAUACUUGCAAUUCUUGAUUUGAUUCUUCUGUAUCUUUCAAAUAAGUAUAUAUAAUUAUUCUAAGUAGUUAAAAAUUGGGAUUGUCAUUAACUGAAUUGAAUUGAAAACCGAUUGAAAAAACAUGUAUAAGGCGGCGCCACUGGAUUGUACCAUAGCAACUCAUCUCGGUGUCGUCGUGAAAGCUUUCAACACUAUGAGUCAGUGAAGUGUAUCUGUCGGACAGUGGCGUGAAAAUGGCGGUGUAAAAUGGCAGGACGUAGAUCGACGUUGACAAAUGCCGAUUCCCUGUCGGGAUCUGGAAACACUGAUCCUUUGAGGGAAUUAUUUGAAGCAUGUAAAACUGGAGACCUUACGAGGGUGAAGGCGUUGGUUACACCGAAGACGGUCAAUGCUCGAGACACUGCCGGACGCAAGUCCACCCCCCUGCAUUUUGCAGCUGGUUAUGGUAGGAUAGAUGUAGUAGAAUUUCUGCUUUCUGCUGGAGCAUCUAUUCAAGCACGUGAUGAUGGAGGUUUACAUCCCUUACAUAAUGCUUGUUCUUUUGGACAUUCUGAUGUUGUAAGACUUCUCUUAGAAGCAGGAGCUAAUCCUAACACUAGAGAUAAUUGGAAUUAUACUCCUUUGCACGAAGCUGCAAUUAAAGGUAAAAUAGAUGUUUGUAUUGCUCUGCUACAACAUGGAGCAGAUGCUAAUAUAAGAAAUACAGAAGGAAAAACAGCAUUAGAAUUGGCAGAUCCUGCAACCAAACCAGUAUUAACAGGAGAAUAUAAAAAAGAUGAAUUGUUGGAAGCAGCAAGAUCUGGAAAUGAAGAACGCCUUUUACAACUUUUAAAUCCAUUGAAUGUAAAUUGUCAUGCAAGUGAUGGCAGAAGAUCUACUCCAUUGCAUUUAGCUGCUGGAUACAAUAGAUCUAGACUAGUGCAGAUUUUAUUACAAAAUGGUGCAGAUGUACAUGCAAAAGAUAAAGGAGGUCUUGUUCCACUUCACAAUGCUUGUUCAUAUGGUCACUUUGAAGUGACUGAAGCACUCCUUAAACACGGUGCAGCGGUUAAUGCCAGCGAUUUAUGGGCAUUUACUCCAUUACAUGAAGCUGCUAGCAAAUCCAGAGUCGAGGUGUGCUCAUUACUUUUAAGUGAGGGUGCCGAUCCGACUCAAUUAAACUGCCAUAGUAAAAGCGCCAUUGAUGUAGCCCCAACAUUGGAAUUACAAGAAAGAUUGGCAUACGAAUACAAGGGACACUGCCUCUUGGAUGCCUGCAGGCAGGCAGAUCUUACUAAAUUAAAAAAAUAUCUGUCCCCAGAAGUUGUAAACUUUAAACACCCAUAUACUAGGGAUACACCACUGCACUGUGCCGUUGCAUCUCCUUAUCCCAAGAGAAAACAAGUAAUAGAAUCUUUAAUUAGGAAAAAUGCUGCCUUAAAUGAGAAAAAUAAAGACUUUCUUACACCUCUUCAUGUUGCUACUGAUCAUUCUCAUUAUGAUGCAAUGGAUGUGCUACUUAGACAUAAUGCAAAAGUCAAUGCUUUAGAUGGAUUAGGGCAAACUGCACUACACAGGUGUGUUAGAGAAGACAAUGUGCAAGCUUGCAGAAUAUUGUUAUCAUACAAUGUUGAUCCAUCUAUAGUAUCACUUCAGGGCUAUACUGCAGCACAAGUAGCUGCAGAAAAUGUCCUUAAAAUAUUACAAGACCCACCAAGUGGGACAGACGAUGCGGAAGCACAGUUGUUAGAAGCAAGUAAAUCUGGUGAUUUAGCAGCAGUAGAAAGAAUUUUACGUACGAAUCCAUUGGCUGUUAAUUGUCGUGACUUAGAUGGUCGACACUCCACACCGCUGCAUUUUGCAGCGGGAUUUAAUAGAGUGCCCGUAGUCGAAUAUUUAUUAGCACAUGGAGCAGAUGUACACGCCAAAGAUAAAGGUGGACUUGUUCCUUUACACAAUGCCUGCUCUUAUGGUCAUUACGAAGUAACGGAAUUGUUAGUAAAACAUGGUGCAUCAGUGAAUGUUGCGGAUUUAUGGAAAUUUACUCCACUUCACGAAGCUGCUGCUAAAGGAAAAUAUGAAAUAGUUCGUUUAUUACUAAGACACGGAGCAGAUGCGACUAAAAAAAAUAGAGAUGGUGCAACACCUUUAGAUUUGGUAAGAGAUGGUGACCAAGAUGUAGCCGAUUUAUUACGAGGGAAUAGUGCACUUUUAGAUGCAGCAAAAAAAGGAAAUUUAGCGAGAGUGCAACGACUUGUUACACAAGAUAAUAUUAAUUGCAGAGAUGCACAAGGUCGUAAUAGUACUCCAUUACACUUAGCUGCGGGAUACAAUAAUUUGGAAGUAGCCGAAUUUUUGCUUGAACGUGGAGCAGACGUAAAUGCUCAAGAUAAAGGAGGAUUGAUUCCUUUGCAUAAUGCUUCGAGUUAUGGUCAUUUAGAUAUAGCUGCAUUACUUAUUAAAUAUAAUACUGUAGUAAACGCUACUGACAAAUGGGGCUUUACACCACUUCAUGAAGCAGCUCAGAAAGGCAGGACGCAGUUAUGUGCUCUUCUUUUGGCUCACGGUGCGGAUCCUUUUUCAAAAAACCAAGAAGGACAAACUCCUUUAGAUCUUGCUAGUGCUGAUGAUGUAAGAUGCUUAUUGCAAGAUGCUAUGGCUUCACAACAAGUAGUACCAUCGAUACCAUCUGGUAAUAAUGGCGUUGGAGUUGCCAUUAAUUUAAAUAAUAAUGGUAAUAAUACUAUUAAUAGUAGACCGCCCAGUAUCGUUGCGGGUAAAUAUGUUUCAAUGAUUAAAAUUAUAUUUUUAUAUUUACAUAUUUUAUAUUUUAUUAUUGAAAAUUGUUUAUUAUUAGUUCCAGUUACACCACCACCAUCACUUACUCAAGAAACUGUAAUUAUGCCUUCUGGUACAGCUAUGACUUUAUGCGUACCACUUGCAAGACCAUCUUCUUGUUUGAGUCCAAUGCCACCAUCAGAAAUAUGUUCUGAAAGGGAUUCCAAAGAUUCUAAAGAUAAUUCAAAUAUCACAACUGUGGCUGGUUUUCUUCAAAGUCUCAGUUUAGAACAUUUAUUAGAAUUAUUCGAACGUGAACAAAUUACAUUAGAUAUAUUAGCAGAGAUGGGUCACGAGGAUUUAAAACAAGUUGGAGUAUCUGCAUAUGGUUAUAGACACAAAUUAAUCAAAGGCAUGGAAAAACUUCUAAACACGACUGCUGGUACUCCUUGGCAACCGACUAUUACGCCAGGAACAUUGUUGGUAGACUUAUUAGCAGAGGAUAAAGAAUUUUUAGCUGUAGAAGAAGAAAUGCAAAGUACAAUUAGACAACAUAGAGAUAAUGGUCAUUCUGGUGGUAUAUUUUCUCGAUAUAAUAUAGUUAGGAUACAAAAAGUGCAAAAUCGUAAAUUAUGGGAACGUUAUGCGCAUAGAAGACAAGAAGUAGCUGAAGAAGUUGGUGCAGCAGCACCUUCUUCUCCAAGUACUGGAUCUAGAACUACUCCUGGAUCGAGUUUACCACAAGCAAAUGAGAGAAUGUUAUUUCAUGGUAGUCCAUUUAUUAAUGCCAUUGUUCAAAAGGGUUUCGAUGAACGACAUGCGUAUAUUGGCGGUAUGUUUGGCGCUGGAAUUUAUUUUGCUGAACAUAGUAGUAAAAGUAAUCAAUAUGUAUACGGAAUAUGUGGUGGUACUGGUUGUCCUGCUCAUAAAGAUCGAAGUUGUUAUAUUUGUCACAGACAUUUAUUACUUUGUCGUGUCACACUGGGAAAGUCAUUUCUGCAAUUCUCUGCAAUGAAAAUGGCUCAUGCACCACCCGGACAUCAUAGUGUAAUGGGUAGACCAUCUCAAGGUGGUUUAGCUUUCCCCGAAUAUGUUGUCUAUAGAGGUGAACAAGCAUAUCCCGAAUAUCUUAUUACAUACCAAAUAGCAAGACCUCAACAAGAAAAUGGUGGAAACGAAAGUGUCGAAGAACGGUGAUCAGAAGAGUCUAGCCCAGCGGCAAGAUUACGAAGUCUUUGUUGCUGCCAAAGACCUCGAACGUGUAACACUCUAUCUUGAAUCUGGUUAAAACAAAUUAUGAUUUCAUUUUGGAAUCAAUUCUUCCAUUUUUUAUCUUCUUUAAGUGAAAUAGAGAAAAUAAUUCGAAUGAAUCUAUAAUACAGUGAUAGGUGAAUUUCAAUGAUAUACGUGGACUAGUCAAUAAGUAAAUUAUUUCCCUUAAAAAAAAAAAAAAUAAAUUUAUUUAUUUAUUUAUUUAUUUUUAUGAGAAAAUAUUUAAAUUUAGUUUUCUUUCUUUAAAAAAUUCGCAUCCAAUUUCAUUUCGCGUUAAGAUGAUUUUCAUAUUA